AGGUUUACCAAGGUAUAGUGGUGGAAUAAGUAUAAAUAGGAGUGCUAGACCCUCCGUCGAAGGACGUCAGACCAUAUCAGUCUUGAUCUAGGUACAAUUGACUAGUCGGAUAACCCAGGAUGGUUGAACUCAAAGACGUUUACGAAGAAAACGUUACUUUGGUUCAGAGCCGACCGCUAGUUGCCGCCUUCUUCGGAGGGACAUCCGGCAUCGGACAUCAAACCUUACGUGCCCUGGCUGGCGCUGAAGCCGAGCACAAUGGAAAAGGACUGCGUGCAUACAUUGUGGGCAGAAAUGCAAUCGCCGCCGACGAAAUUUUAGCUGAAUGCCGUAGUUUAUACCCACAAGGUCAAUACACCUUUUUCAAAAUCGAUGAUCUUUCUUUGAUUCGAAAUGUCGACCGAGUCUGCGCUGAGAUUUUCGAAGCUGAACGGAAGCACGGUCAAAAUGCGAGGAUUGACUACCUGAUGUUGUCCCAAGGUGGUUCAAUAUUUCUUCCGAGAACAGAAACAAAAGAAGGAAUUGACAUGACCAUGUCUCUAAUGUACUACUCUCGAAUGAGGGCUAUCAUCCAACUGCUCCCCUUGCUACUCAAAUCAACACUUCCCUCAAAGGUAGUCUCGGUCUACGCCGCCGGUAUGGAAGCCAAGUUCUACCCGGAAGAUCUCUCGCUUCGAGACUUGAAACUCUACAGUUACGGGCAGGCACGAUCGCAUAUGGUCUACAUGCACACUUUGUUCAUGGAGAUGUUGGCAGAGAAAUAUCCAGACAAACUCUCUUUGAUACAUAUUUUCCCGGGCCUCGUUAUAGGACCGACGUUCUACAGUUCCGAGUUUCCUCUGUGGUUCAGAAUCAUGUUUCGAGUCAUCAACCCUAUAUUCGGGAGAUUCCUCACAGUCCCCAGACAAGAAAGUGGAGCUAGAAUGGUCAAUCUAGCAUCAUCUCGGUAUCUCCCUCGGUCUUCUAAUUCUCCAAAGUCUUAUCAAGAAGGUAGCGUUGAAGUUGACACGAAGGGAAAACCGGGCAGCGGUGUUUAUUCUCUGGGAUGGAAAGGAGAGAACAAUUUUAAGCCUGAACUUUAUGAGGAGUUUGAUAAAGAUGAAAUGCGGAAGAAGGUUUGGGACCAUACUGUGAAGGCUUUUGAGGUGAUUGAGGCAGGGAACAUGUUUACUGGGUAG